AUGUCGUCUGUACCCUACCACUCAUCCUACAAAACCCAUAACCAUGGAAUUAGCAUGGCUAUCACAGUUGGCCUUACAGAGAGUGAUCUACAGGAUAAAAAAUUGCAACAAUUUACAAGUGGAUUUCAGGGACUUGUGAGGGAAUAUAAAAAUCUUCCGACUCCCUCAACAAUCACUGUCGAGCUGGAGUCUUCUGUGGUAAUUGAAGUCCAGGAUGCUCCAGUUUCAGAGCUCGACCCUACUUCUAUUAGACAGUAUCUAAGGCGCCCCACUCGACUACGAGGAAAAGGGAAGAAGAUUGACCACAAGAAGGAGGAUUCUUUUUUGGUUCUGGACUUUCGUUACGCGACGGAAACGACUUUUCCAGCCCCGCCCCGGGUUUCUACUACCUACAGUGUCCGCAAUAUGACUGCAGUUUCAAACGAAUGGCACUUUAUGCUUACAAAGUGCCCAGCCUACGGCUUGGGCAUUUUCAUAUAUCUACCAGGAACUAGCCUCAGGUACUUUAUCGACAUGGUCAUCGCCGAAGAUUCCAGGCCGAUAUCUUUUCCAGAAGGCGCUCCCUUUCAAUUUCCGCUGGACUUGAUAGCAUGGCAACUUUUUGAUUUCUUCGCCCAUAGGAUAGGCUCUUCUCCAAUUUAG